GUGACGUAACAUUUAUGUUUACUGACAAUCGUUAGGUCACAGAAGUAAAAAGGUUAAAUAAGGAGAAGUAGAUACAGCAAAGUAACGGAAUACUUAAAAUAAUUAUUGUAUUUGUAUCCACCUAAGUCGAAUAUGAACGAGUCUGCAGCAGAUCCAGAAAUACCAGCUUGGGAGAAGGCAAGACAAGCUUUAAAUGAAAUAAAAGGGAAGAACGAAAAUGGUGGCAAAAAUAAUACACAGGGGAUGCAAUUUCCCUCACAAUAUCCUGGCAUGAUGAGCAUGGAAAGCAACAGUAACAGGUUUUAUCCUCCUUGGCAGCAAAAUGCUGGUUAUGGGGGCUUUCGACCAUAUAUGGGAAAUCAGAAUUCUUACCCUGAUUACAGAAUUGGUCAACAACAAAACCGAAUGCCUUACUACCCUUCUAAUAACAUGCAGCAGUUUGGACAAAACUACCCAGCAAACAGUUUGUACACCAACUUCAACCAACCAGGGGCAACCACUGGUGCAUAUCGAUUACCGACAGACUCGCAAAAUAAACCCCCCAACCCCCCUCUUCCAUCGCAACCCCCACCCCCACCACCCCCAACAACCCAUUCAUAUGCUGACAUGGUAAAAAACAAGAGCCAUAAACCAGCUCUACCCCCUAUGCUACCAAGAACAACCAGGUUUGGGAUGAUGCCAAGACAAAGCUUCGGAAAAGCUGGAAUUAAAUUCAGCAUCGGACAAAAGAAUAAACCAUCAGCUCCACUUCCUCCAGCUAAUAAAAACAUUCCUUCCGACGAUGAUACUUCGAUUCAACCACCAGGAACUGAGAGUAAAACAACAACAGAUCCAGUCAAUCAACAACAAAGCAAACCUGAUUUAAUGCAGACCGCACCCACAACAACUGAUAACUCAGUUAAGGAUGCUUCCCAAAAAUCUCAAGCCCCAUGGCCACCUGCAUUAAUGGACUACAUACAAAGAGCAUUCCAAGCAUGCAACAGUGAGGAAAGCAAGGAUCAAACAGAAAAAUAUUUAAAAGUUCUUUUAAAUGAGCGCAUGAAAAAUGGUUCUGCAUAUGGUAUUGAUUGGAACAAGGAACCCUUACCAAUUGCUUUACUGAACAAGUCAAAUGUAGCAAGCACACACUGGAAGAACAUGUCACAACGUAAUGACAUACCAGCGUGGCAACGAGGGUUUGCGAGUAGAAGAAGGUCAAAUAGGUUCUCAAGAUCACGUUCUCGAUCAAGAUCUUAUUCACGAUCCAGAUCACGGUCAAGGUCUCGAUCCAGUUCACGGUCUUACUCAAAUUCACCUAAACGAAGACGCUUUCAUGACAGGAACAGCAGCAGCAGCAGCGACAGUGAUCGUAGUGGAGGAAUCGUUACCAGCGCAGGUAGGUUUGGUCAGGCCACUAGAGGUCAGAAAACCAGAGGACGAGGUAGAGGUCGUGGAAUGAAAAAUCAAGGAAACAACCAAACUCCUUCAAAACGAGGAAAAAAGAACAAGAAGAGGGGUGGGGCAAAAUUUCAGUUUGUUGAUCCAAUGAGAGAAGUGAAAAAAGCAAAUCGUGCGAAUCGAUUUCAAGAUGCUUUAUCACAACCUCAACAAGAAAGAUUUGAAAUUUCAAUCAACAACUUUAACUCCAAUGAGGAUAUUGAUUUUGACAAUGUACAAAUUGUUGGAACAUGUACAGACGUUUUCAAAGAUUAUUUCCGCCUCACAGCUGCACCUGACCCUUCUUCUGUUCGUCCAAUCCACAUAUUGAAGACAUCAUUGCUGCGUGUGAAGAAUGAUUGGCUGGAAAAAGCUGAUUAUCUUUACACAUGUAGACAAAUGAAAAGCAUCAGGCAGGACCUCACCGUCCAGGGAAUAAGGAAUGACUUCACGGUACAAGUUUAUGAAACACAUGCACGCAUUGCAUUAGAAAAAGGAGAUCAUGAGGAAUUCAACCAGUGUCAGAGUCAGCUUCGUCAACUCUUCAAGGAGGGAGUUACGUCUGCGAACCGACCGGAGUUUCUUGCUUACGCCAUCCUAUAUUAUGUGUACACGAAAAACACAACAGACUUAACAUCUGUUCUGUCCACAAUCACGGACGAGCUUCGAAAAGAUGAAUGCAUCUCACAUGCGUUAGCAGUUCGUGCUUCAUGGUCAGCAGGCAACCACAGCCGCUUUUUUAAGUUGUACAGAAAGGCCCCAAAAAUGGCUGGUUACCUCAUGGAUAAGUUUGCACCAAGGGAAAGGAAGAAGGCAAUGGAACGAAUUGUGAAAGCUUACCGACCCACUGUACCAGUCAGUCACGUUACCAGCUUGCUGGCUUUCGAAAAUCAGGAGGAAUGCGUCAAAUUUCUCACCGAACUCUCUAUCACUAUCUCUCCUGAUCAAAAUACCGUGGACUGUAAAGCGGGCAUGCCUUCUUAGCGCCAUAAGGCGGCGUGCAGCGUAAAAUUAACGCUUGCACAUGGUUGUUACCACACCGUACCACCCCAGCUCUCGUGAGCCGAGUACAUACCACGUUGUAAAUGGCCUGGUGUCCAGCGCAGCUUACUUGGGUAGCUUAUAAGACUUUGCUUCACGUUUUCUUUGAAAUCUUAUCAUGACCAUCUAUGGAUUAUUGUCACUUGCGGAUUCUUCUACAGCUCGUUUUUUAGCUGUCACCACACACCUCCAUGUCUUUAUGACCUGAUUGUCCUUCUCUGUAUCUGCUAGUUCUGUUAUCACGUCCGUAAGUAUUUAGGUCAUCUCCGUCAUCAAGAAAUUGAGAAGACCUCGAACUGUUUACACAUUGUUGUCUUGUCGGUCUAUCUGUCGACACGCCUUGCACGAUUGCUUUGGUGAUGUCAUGAAGUAUGAAAUUGAAAUGUCGGAAACGUCAGCCUUCAUUAUUACGUCAUAACCAAGUUUGUUCGUUAAUGUUUUGUUAGCAUCCAUCCACAGUUAGCCGACGAAAACGAAACAAAGAAAUCUAAAUUGCUACAUCAUGCUACGUAAUAAAUUUCCAGUGGAUGCGACGUCACGAAUUCAACCAGGAGCUCAUUACGUCAUCAGUGGAACGAAGACUCCUACAUCAUCACCCUCGAUGCAACGUCACAAAUAUUGUAUACCUGCCCAUGUAGCAAUGAUAUGUGAAAAGCAACCUUGGAAAAAAUAAUUUUGACUUUUUAUUAUCUAGAUAUGUCAAUAACACAAUGAUUCUUAUAUGCCUUAUUUUCCAAGGUUGUUUUCAUCAAUUACUUGUUCUUUAAUAAAUAAAUCCCGAUGAAUAGUUUCAAAAUAAGUUGCGUUUUGUACACUUAGUGUAUAUAUGGUAUCACAGUGUGAGACAAAUGCUGCAAAUUAAACCGAGUUUAAUUUU